GGUCCUCAUUCUUCAUUUGAAACGAUACAGCUUCAAUGUGGCUCUCUCACUUAACAACAAGAUUGGGCAACAAGUCAUCAUUCCCAGAUACCUGACUCUGUCAUCUCAUUGCACUGAAAAUACAAAGCCACCUUUCACCCUCAGUUGGAGUGCACAUACGGCACUUUCUAGACCAUUGAAAGCAUCUCAAAUGGUGAAUUCCUGCAUUACCAGCCCUUCUACACCUUCAAAGAAAUUUACCUUCAAAUCGAAGAACUCGUUGGCUUUAUGCCUUGAUUCUGACAGCGAGGAUGAGCUAAAACGCUCUGUGGCCCUCAGCCAGAGACUUUGUGAAGUAUCAGGCAAUGAACUGCAGCAAGAAGACCUGGAAAAAGAUUCAAAAUUAUGCAGACUAGAGCCUGAUAAAUCAGAAUUGGAAAACUCUGGAUUUGACAGAAUGAGUGAAGAAGAGCUUCUGGCAGCUGUCUUAGAAAUAAGUAGGAGAGAAGCUUCGCCGUCUCUAAGUCAUGAAGAUGAUGAUAAGCCAACGAGCAGCCCAGAUACUGGGUUUGCAGAAGAUGAUGUUCAAGAAAUGCCUGAAAAUCCAGACACUGUAGAAACUGAGAAGCCCAAAUCAAUCACAGAGCCAGACCCUGCCAGUUUUACUGAGAUAACUAAAGACUGUGAUGAGAAUAAAGAAAACAAAACUCCAGAAGGAUCUCAGGGAGAGGUAGAUUGGCUGCAGCAAUAUGAUGUGGAACGUGAAAGGGAAGAGCAGGAGCUUCAGCAGGCCUUGGCCCAGAGCCUUCAAGAGCAAGAGGCUUGGGAACAGAAAGAAGAUGAUGACCUCAAGAGAGCUACAGAGUUAAGUCUUCAAGAAUUUAACAACUCUUUUCUGGAUGUAUUGGGUUCUGAUGAAGACUCUGGAAACGAGGAUGUUUUCGAUAUGGAGUACACGGAGGCUGAAGCUGAGGAACUGAAAAGAAAUGCUGAGACAGGAAAUCUUCCUCAUUCCUACCGACUCAUCAGUGUUGUCAGUCACAUUGGUAGUACUUCUUCCUCAGGUCAUUACAUUAGCGAUGUAUACGACAUUAAAAAGCAGGCAUGGUUUACUUAUAAUGACCUGGAAGUAUCUAAAAUCCAAGAAGCUGCUGUGCAGAGUGAUCGGGAUCGGAGUGGUUACAUCUUCUUUUAUAUGCACAAGGAGAUCUUUGAUGAGCUGCUGGAAACAGAAAAGAACUCUCAGGCACUUAGCAUGGAAGUGGGGAAAACUCCCCGGCAGGCUUCAUGAGAAGCAAUCUCCUGCAUUGGCAGUGUGCACUGCAUGUCCUCUCACUGCCACCACCUCAUCCUUCCCUUGCCCAGGAGAAUUUGGAAUUCUACUUGAUGCGGGAGCAACAAACAGCUCAGGGCCAAACCAGAAGAUGAAAAUUGCAGUUGUGCAGCACGUUCCAUGCUAUUAUAUGGAAAACUUGGUCUCACAUCUGUAGCUGAUUAUCCUCCUUUUCUCCUACAAGAGUGGCACUUCCUUUUGUCUAAAGAAUACGUGUUGUAAAUAUACAGAGAUAUAUGUACGCACAUGCAAACACGCAGAACGAUUGGAGCCUUAAAGAGUUAGGAUGAGCCACCAGAGUAUGCCUGCUCAAAAUUAUAGCACAGCAGUUCAGAGAAGAAAUGAAAGUGUCAAAGAGUCCAUUCACCCAAGAGGUAUGCGAAGAUAUACACACCAGUUGGCUUUUAGCUUUUCUCUUCCUUGGGUACUUUCACUCAAAUCUGUAACCUCAGUGUGUGUAUAUUAUUAGUAAAGUUCACUGGAAAGCCAGCUCUCCAUGUCACACUAAUGACAGUGUGUUCUCUUUGUGAGAGGGGGGCAUUGCUGUCACCUCACUUGAGCUUUUCUUUUUUCCUUUUUUUUUAUUUUUAUAAUUUCAUGAAUUCGUAAUGACUUUGCUGUUUACAUGCAGUCCCAAGAAAUGGAUUGUUGGUGCUCUGGAAUGUGUUGUGGUUCCAUAUUUGGCGUUCAUCAUGCCCUUUGCGUUUUCUUGAAGAGAUUUUUUUCACACAGUGUGUUCAUCAUAUAUCAUCUACAUUAUUAUGGUGGUGACAAUAGACUCCUUUCAUUUCUUCUGUAUCAUUCUUUCUUGGAGCAGGGAUUACCCUAAUGUACUAUAACCAAAACUUUAAAAGGUAGAAAGAUAAAAUUGCUCCAGUUGGUACUCCCCAGCAGGGAUACUUAGGGAUAAGAAAGAAUGCUAACAUCUCUGUCUUACAAACAGAGAGGUCAAGAGGGUUGUGCUUGUGUUAGAGCUAAAACUCCAGACCACUAAAGCUAAAAAGCCCUACUGCAAGUGUGAAAUUAAGUACAUGAGCUAUAGGAUAAAGCUUGAGCUUUUAAUCAUUUGCUACCUGGCUUUGCCCUUAAAACAGGAUGGGGAUUAAAAUGUGAUUAGGUAAUCCUAAGAACUAUGAAAUAACAAAGGUGCAUAAUAUAUUUCUCUUACUUUUUAGGUGCUCUGAGUUGAAGCUUCGUGGGGAUGUAAUAUCAAAUGGUACAUUAGUCACUUAGCUAACAUAACCAGUUCAGUUAAGCAGCUUAGGAAACUAUAGAAAGAAUGAGUUUGAGGGUGAAAUUCUGUCCACAAAAUGAUUUUUUGAGCCUAGCUAUCAUUAGGCUCACACAGAAUUAAGCACAGCCAAAUGAAACCGUUAUUUUUUUUUUCAUGAUGUUUUUUUUCUUGCUGUUAUUACAAAUGAGAUUACUCUAGUUCUAAGGUAGAGACAAAGCAAUAUCAGAUUUUUAGGGGGUUGGGGGAGAACAUUUUAAAACCCAUCAUCUCAAAAGAUGCAAAUUCUUUUCUGGAAGAUUGCCUUCAGAAAGCUUCAGCCCCACCCUUAGAACUUGGAUAUGUUCUGACAUAGUAACCUUUUCUAAAACUUUGCAUCUUUGAAUAGUAAAUGGCCUCAGCAUUUUUGCUUAUUAACUACAGAUAAAUGUUUUGCCUCCUCCCAUCUGCGUACACACAUUAUUGUAGUGAAUGUUUCAAGAUGAUACACUGGUAAGCUAUAUAGUAGUUUAGAGCAGAGGAAAAUAUUUGUUUUAAAAACGUACUUAAAAAUUUUCAUUUCUACCAGGACUGCUUUUGGUUUGGUUUGGUUUUGCCUGAAAAUAACUGAUUUUCUCAUAAGUGAGUGAAAUGAUGAUCAAAUUCUUUAGCUAGUUAUUACUUCUCUGGCUUUCUUCAUUUGAGAACUUUUGAGAGGCACUGUUAAAAACUGACGAGAAAUAUUUUGAAGUGAAGGCUAUAUUGAGAUGUGGAGAAAAAUAAAAAUAAUGCCAGAGCCUAGCCUGCCUCAUAGAGCAACCUUAUUUGAGUUGAUUUCAUAGCUUGCAUGUGUGUAUGUAUGGUUUAGAAGUACACUUGGCUCAGAAACCUGAUUUAAUUUGGUCUUCGUUUCUUGGGCAAGACUUGUUAGUUGAACAUAGGUUACUAGAGUUUAUGAAUUAACUCACUGCUCAUAUACUUACAAGUUCGGGACUUGAAUCUUACUUGAUACUUGUCCAUCGCUGUGGCCUUGUCAGCCUUCCCGUCUCCCUGUACUCCCUUGACUUACUCCUGUGACUACAAAUGGAGGUUUCAGCUGGACCAUGUUGAUGGAGUUUGUUGGGUUUGUUUGUUUGUUUGUUUGUUUUUGAGCUGACUGUAUAUAUUUGAAAAAUAUAAAUAGAUAAUAUAUAUAUAUUUUUUGCACAGUGUGAUCAGUUUGUCCAGAAUCAGGAAAUGGAGCAGUUAGCAUGUUGGGGCCAGGAAGGGAUAAGUUAGAACAGAGUGCUUCAGUUUUAGGGAGUCUGCAUAAUAAUUAACCUUCCUAUCAAAAAUACCAAAUGUGUGGUUACAUUAUUUAAAAUGAAAGUGAAUUGAAACUUGAUAGCAGUUAGUUCUGGAUACAACCUUUUGAUAUUAGAAUUUGAAAAUUUUUGGAAGGGAAAAAUAAGUUAAACUUUGAUCCUCCCAUACCCCCAAUAUUAUAAAAAGUGCAAGCAGCUAGAUGCUGUUAUUCCUUUAGUAGCCAUGACUAUAACUUAGGCCUAUGAGAAGACAGACUAUAUGUUGUUGGGACAUAUAUGUGUGUGCACAUUUUUA